GAGAGAGAGAGAGCUGAGUGAAGUCCGAUCUGUGUCGCUUGGCAGUUCCUAAGCCAUCAGCGAGUGUCGAACAUCCCAGUUUUACACCCCAGGAUUGUAGGGAGUUGUGUGUGUGUGUGUGUGGGGCUCUGGGACACAGACACAGAGAGAGAGAGACACACACACACACUCCAGAGUUUAAACCCGGAACGAUGAGAAAACACAACUUGGGAUUUCAAAGUGACCGGGAGAAAUUGAAAACCUAAUGACUUUUUGCCGCUGUAUCAGCUUCACCUCUGGAAGACGUUCAAAGGGAUUUUUUUCCUGCAAACAUUUUCUAUUUUAAGUUUAUUUUUUGUGUGUGAGGCAACGGAGAGAGAAGACUGAGUGUGCUUUAUUUUAAAGAAAUCUCCCGUGCUCUCUGCUCCUGCACUUUCGAAUCCGUCUUGAUUUCUGCAUUGGCCUGACAGAGAGACAGAGAGAGGGGAAGGGGAAAAGGAGCUGCCUGCAGCCGCCUUCAGCAUGCUCUCCCCUCGGCCACACGGACUGCGGGCCCUCGCUGUGCUGCUCCUGUGGAUGAUCAACCCGAGUCAAGCAGGAUCCGAACACAGCGAUGUGCUUCCUGAGGCCUUCCCUUCUUCACCAACAGAGCCACUGCCACGAUUCCAGGUGGAGCCAGAUGAUGCCUAUAUUGUCAAGAACAAGCCAGUUGUAAUGGCCUGCACAGCAACACCAGCCACGCAGAUCUACUUCAAGUGCAAUGGGGAAUGGGUGCACCAGAAGGACCAUGUGACUGAGGAGAAUGUGGAUCAGAUCACAGGGCUGGUGGUUCGGGAAGUUCACAUCGAGGUCUCUCGGCAGCAGGUGGAGGAGCUGUUUGGUUUAGAAGACUUCUGGUGUCAGUGCGUCGCUUGGAGUGCGUCAGGAACGACCAAGAGCAGGAGAGCAUAUGUCCGCAUUGCCUACCUAAGGAAGAACUUUGAGCAGGAACCACUGGGAACAGACGUGUCUCUGGAGCACGAGGUUCUAUUGCAGUGUCGUCCUCCAGAAGGAGUCCCACCAGCAGAGGUGGAAUGGCUAAAAAACGAUGAAGUUAUCAAUCCAGUCCAAGAUUCGAACUUCCUCCUCACCAUCGACCACAACCUGAUCAUCAAACAGGCCCGCCUCUCUGAUACGGCAAACUAUACAUGUGUAGCCAAGAACAUAGUGGCCAAGAGGCGUAGCACCACGGCUACUGUGGUGGUAUACGUGAACGGCGGCUGGUCAACCUGGACAGAGUGGUCUUCAUGUAACACGCGCUGUGGCCGGGGCUGGCAGAAACGGACGAGGACAUGCACCAACCCGGCACCGCUCAAUGGCGGGGCCUUCUGCGAAGGUCAAACCUUUCAGAAGAUUGGCUGCACCACCAUGUGCCCAGUUGAUGGUGGCUGGACAGAUUGGAGCAAAUGGUCAGCCUGCAGUACCGAGUGCACCCACUGGAGGAGCCGUGAGUGCACCGAGCCCUCACCCAGAAAUGGAGGCAAGGAUUGCAUUGGCCCUGUUCUGGAAUCCAAAAACUGCACAGAUGGCCUCUGUUUGCAGAAUAACUCUCAGUUGUUGAACUCGUCAAUACAGCCAGACCUGACAGCUAGUGCUGGCUCUUACCGGGGGCCCAUGUACACUCUCCAGGACACAGCUGACAAGAUUCCCAUGACAAACUCCCCACUCUUGGACCCCUUGCCCAGCCUGAAAAUCAAAGUGUACAACUCCUCGACGACCACGUCCAUGUUGGUGGGUGAGAUGGACUCGGGCAUGUACCCUGGGGGCAACAGCAGCGAUAGCAACGUUACCAUGAACAUGAGGAACAAAGCCCUCAGCUCCCAGCACCUGGGCACCAUGCCCAGAGAGCCUGGGUACAGUGCCAGUGGAACCUUUGGCUGUCAGGGUGGACGACUGACAGUGCCCAACUCAGGUGUCAGCUUGUUGGUACCACAGGGAGCAAUUCCACAGGGCAAGUUCUAUGAAAUGUACCUGAUAAUAAACAAGAGGGAAAACAUGCUGCCCCCAUCUGAAGGUUCGCAGACGGUCCUGAGUCCAAUGGUGACCUGUGGCCCAACAGGCAUGUUGUUGUGUCGACCCGUUGUCCUCAGCGUCCCUCACUGUGCAGACGUCUGCGGAUCAGACUGGAGCAUUAAAUUCAAGACACAGACUCACCAGGCAGCUUGGGAGGAGGUGGUGACAUUGGAAGAGGAGAAUUUAAAUACCCCCUGCUACUGUCAGCUGGACCCCCAGUCCUGCCACAUUCUGCUCGACCAGUUGGGCACGUAUGCCCUCGUUGGAGAGUCUGUCUCCAGGUCAGCCAUUAAAAGACUCCAGCUCGCCAUAUUUGCACCCAUCUCAUGUACAUCUCUGGAGUACAGCCUUAAAGUGUACUGUGUGGACGACACUCCAGAUGCUUUAAAGGAAGUGCUGGAGCUGGAGAGGACUCUGGGAGGUUACCUGCUUGAGGAACCCAAGAUGCUGCUGUUCAAGGACAGUUACCACAAUCUUCGGCUUUCCAUCCACAAUAUCCCCCACUCACUGUGGAGAAGCAAAUUGCUCGCCAAAUAUCAGGAAAUCCCAUUUUACCAUAUCUGGAGUGGUACCCAGAGAGCACUGCACUGCACCUUCUCACUAGAGCGAUACAGCCUGGCAUCAACUGAAUUCUCCUGCAAAAUCUGUGUCCGACAGGUGGAGGGAGAGGGUCAGAUUUUCCAGCUACAUACAACCAUUGAAGAGAAUGCCAAAUGCGUUAGCCCGUUCCACACGCAGGGUGGCACUAACAUAACCACACAGGUCGGCCCUUAUGCCUUUAAGAUUCCAUAUUCCAUCCGACAGAAAAUCUGUACGAAUUUGGAUGCACCAAACACCCGAGGCAAUGAUUGGAGGCUCCUAGCCCAGAAGCUGGGAGUUGACAGGUAUCUCACCUAUUUUGCUACAAAACUUAGUCCGACUGGCGUCAUCCUGGACCUGUGGGAAGCCCAGCAUCAGGAUGAUGGAGACAUCAACUCCCUUGCCAGUAUCCUCGAGGAGAUGGGCAAGAGUGAUGUGAUGGUAGUCAUGACAACAGAAGAAUGCUGAAACACAGAUAACCUUACAACAUAGUGAUGGAUCCCCAGCAUCCAUGGCAACUGUUACAGAAAUCCACUUGCUGCUGCCUGCAGCACCAAGCCAAUUAGGAACAAGUAGCAAUUUUUCAUGAGAGCUGAAGAUGUCAUGUACGAUCUAGACAAAAAAAAACCUCUCUCCUCUCAAAAGCUUUGGGCAGCUUGUAUAAGAUUAACAGUUUCUUAGGAAACGCAUUUAAUUUAUUGUCCAUAUCUUUGGAUGCUUUUGUUUUAUUCGCUCCUAUAUUGAGACUUUGUACAAAAAUCCGAGGAUUUGUUUACAUUCACAGUCGAUGUAGACAUCCUUCAAAUCCCAGUGCACAUGUUGUACAAAACCGAACAGGGAGAGGAAUCCAAUUGAGUCACUAGACACAACUAUACACGAAGAGGAAGAGGAUGAAUUGUGAAUGCGGGCAGACAUCACAGAGUCAUGUUAACCCCUUUUGUUUUAUUUUUAUGUUGCAAACACAGUUUCUCCAUUCAGAUUUGCAAGGACACAGACUAGAUGCCACAUCUGUGCAAGUUUCUCAUGAGCCACGACUAUGGAGUGAUUUCUAAAACUUCCCUUUUCGAGACAAGCUCAGUAGCUUUGGCUGAGGGUGCCAAUGGCUGGGUUUGUUCCACCUUCACUGUUCACAGUGUCGCAGCAGCAUUUGACAGUCAGUCAAUAAGCGCAGAGGAAUGUCCUAUGAUGGUUAGCAGGUGUUCACCUAGUAAUAUCAACCGCAGUCAUUUCCAGGCUAGCACCCAUCAUUUCUGCUUAAAGUGAAGAGAUUUAUUCAUCCACUACAGCUACCCUCCUACCUGCCCCCCUUCACCACAUUGCCCCAACUCUCCGUCAGGAUACACGGGAGUGAUUCCUACCCCAGCCUGCACUAAGUUGAGGCCAGAAUUUAAGGAGGCUCGAGGCUGAAGCGAAGCAAUAGUCAUCCAUUGAAGGAACCUACUAUUUCCCAGGAGAAAUAUUCCUGACUCAUAAUCUUGCAAUGGCAUCGCAGAUGAAAACGGCCAAAUCCAGACAUAUUGCUCCAUAACAGAGGCUUUAGUCAGUGCUGUGGUGUCCUCCCCAGCUGCUCCCCCUCUCCGAAUUCACCACCUCCAUCCACUUCACUGAACCUUCAAAACCUCAAACUGGCGGAACCUGGAGUUCCGAGAACGUUUGCUCCUCGAUUCCCUUUUCAUAUAAACUGGAAGAAUUGUAAAGCCAUUUUCAAAGCCUGAGGCCAGUUCCCAGAGAUGGCUGUGGAUUUGGACGAGGAUUGGUGCAUCGUGUGGGAGUUGCCUCCUCGGGUCAGAGGUCGAAAGGAAGCCCUCACUGGGAGAGAAUGCAACCCGAGAUCAUUUUCUUUUCAGAACCUCUCUCACAUAGAGAAGCCUUCACAUGGUCUCAUUCUGCAUUUGACUCCCAAGUGGAGGACUGGUAUCCAAUGAUGUCUUAUUCCAAACUUGCCUUUAAAUAAAACACCUUUGGUUCUUGUCAAGUCCUCAUUGAGACAUUUGAUAGUAAAAGCCAAUAGACAUUGAAAGGUAGCUACAUCAUCAGAAACAUCUUAAGUUGAAUAAAAGGUCAGGCCAACCCAAAACAACAACAAUAUAGGUUGAAUGUGGGAGUGUGCAUUUUUGAUGCUGUGGUACUGUCAAUAAGAGUAUGAGAUACCCAAGGCUACACCAUCAAAAUGACACUAGUAUUAGUUACUUGUAAGUGUUGUUUAAAUGUUUAAGUACUUGGUAGCACAGCACAUUUUGAGUUAUUUAUUUUCAAGGUGUUUUGGAUAAAUAUAUUUUAAAUUCAUUAUUGUGUCAUUUUAAUUGUUAAAUGACUGCUUCAGAAAGUGAAGUAUCGGACAUGAAUUAUUAUCCUUCGUCUGGCUGGGGGAGAAAGAGCCUUUGUGCUUUUGCCUAAUCCAAAUCAGACAGCCCAUAUAUGAGGAAAUCUACUUGUAAUUCCAUGAUAGGGUUGACAGCUCUCCAAGGAUUGCUCUGGAAUCUUACGGAAUUGAAAAUUAAUCUCCAGGGGACCGCUAUGAGUGACGUCCAGCAAAAGAUUCACAGGGCCUUUAGAGAACUUUUAUUUCUCAAUUUUUUUGAGUACAUCUUUUUGUUGUUAGUUACAAAAGGUAUAGCGGAGUGGGGGUGUUGUUGCCUGGUGGUUAAUGGGAGAAGGGCUGUUUAUUUGGGCAGAGGCAGCAAAAACAAGAGUGGUUAUGUGCUGAAAAUCUCCAGAAACCCAGGGCUGGCACCCUUCAGUCCAAAGGUCUAUCUCUCCCCACGCACAAACUAAUAACCAGCUAAGCCGCACACUCCUCAUUCAUUGUUUUAAUCAAAUUUUAUCAACAUACAGUGGUGAGCUUUUAAAAGAAAAGAAUCCUUGGUUUCGAUGACAAUAUAUAGUUUUUAUAAAAUUAUAUUUGAACAACCUAUGAUGGAUACUGGUGUCCAUUUCAAUAAUGGUGUAAUUGAGAUUUUGGACCUAGAUAAGAACAAUCCCACUUGCUGCAGAGACGGGAAAUUGGCGCUAACUUUUAGAUGGCCAUGGCCAGCAUUUUUCAGUAUUCAUCGAUUAAAAGCGGCUAGAGGUGUUUUAAUGAACAGUUAAUCCCCUUUUUCCCAUGUAAGGGGAUACCAUGACACCAAGCGGUUAGCAAAAUAAUGCUUUAAAUUCUUUCAUUCACUUCAAGUGCUAUGCAAGUUCAUAGAAGUUAACUCAUUUUCAGGCAUAUCGUAAUGCUUCAGUUUUUAUGUACAUCUCUCAUAUUUAUAUGUAUAGAAAGUGCUAGAAUCAAUUGCUCUGUCUGUCUUUUCAUGUAUUUGUUCAUUCUGUAAACUACCAAUUGUAAAUAAGUUUAGCAUUCCUAUUGUAACAAAUUAAUUUUUAUGCAAUAAAUUAUAUUUCCUAGUUUAA